ACCUCGCCGUCGCCGCCGCUGUCGCAGGACCCGCACACGGUGACGGGUCACAGCAGCGGCGACCGUCGAAGGACAUCGUCACUGGUCCACGCAUUUUUGGUGCCUGGUAGAGUGGUAGUUGUCUCACAUAGCAGCACGUCACUGGCUCAAUUUCUUUUGGUUGAGCGAAGCUUUGACCCAAGGUUUAGUCCAUGACUUGAAUUUGGACCGGGUUAGGUCACUAGAUGUGUACAAACGGUCAGUGCUCCGCUGAUAUGCCAAACUUGAAGCAUCAGCCUUUUUGUCAUACCAUACUCGUCCUGGUCAUAGGGUUGUUCAACAAUCGACAUACAAGAUGUCUUGGUUCCCUUGUCUUACUCUAUUUUAUGAUUUUGAUGCUCAUAGUCUUACUUGCGCUAUCCAAUCAUAACCACUCUUUGGGAAUAUUUAUAAAACCUGGACAGUCACUAGCCACCAUGGUUUGUUGCAAACCAUUUCCUCAAAAUAAUAUUCAGAAAUACCUUCCCCUACUGUCACUUUGUUUGACAAACCUAUGCGAUGAAGUAGCUUGUGCAGUUGAGCCUGUGUUGAGCUACAAGGUCUCAGGCCAAGUCUGAAGUUCCUAAAGGCUUAUUAAGCUAAGUUUUCUGGAAGGAUGCCAGUCUGUCAUCAAGACUGCGACUUACAUGUCAUGAUUUUCUGCUGAUGUCGAUAGCAGUCUGAUGGAACAGAAAGUCAACACAUCAGGUCUAUUUGGUGAUAAUUAGUUGCAAGUUGGAAGGGUUUUACAAAUGCCCAAAUAGAAGAGACUAUAUAUUGAACAUAUCUUGCUUGGUCUACUCUAUUUGCAUUCAUCUAUCGGAGAAUGUGCUUAUGCACACAGGGAACCAGGGCCAGGUUAUUUGCUGGAGCAAUACUCCUCCCAUAACUCUUCUGACGUGGUACCUCUGUAUUGUUCAGAUUUUUGAGUUCCUAGAACCAUACAGUCAUGUUGUCAGUAGCUACCACCAAUGUCAGCCAAGGGAACUCCAUGGAAUCAGUCAUGGCAACAAUGGAGCGUCAAACAGCUCGCAGGACCCAGACUAAUGUGACACAGAUGAUAGAUUCUCUUUUUGCCAGUGUCAAUCUUGCUAAAGAUCUUUCUGCUAGGUGCAAAGGCAGAACAUACACGGCUGAUGAGAUACAAAGCAUAGCACAAGACCUUGAGAAUGUCUUGCAGAAUAUAUAUGAUGAUCUUUGCAGGAUACCAGCUUCAGCAUUUGGCAGUAAUGCUUACAUGGAUGUUCUUAUUAAAUCCCAGUCAAUGAUGGAUUACUGUGAGGCUGAUAUACCCAUAAAUGUAACGGGCAACAGGCCUAGGAGAAGGUCUCUCCGAGAUAAUGGUACUCCGAGGCUGGUGGACUUUCUGCAGGGAAUGUACCAUGAAUCACAUGAAUUUGGUGGCCAGAUGUUCAACACUCUCCCAGAGGUUGCAGAAUACAUUGAGCCACUGUAUGAUGCGUUCAUCUGUCCACUGACAAAUGAGAUAAUGACUGAUCCUGUGACAAUUGAUAGUGGUGUGACAUGUGACAGGAGGGCCAUAGAGGAGUAUAUUGAGAGGUUUGCAGACAGUUCUGAACCUGUCUAUUGCCCUGUCAGAAAAAUGACAAUGCAAAGUAAGACAAUGGUGAGCAAUGCUUCCCUGAAGAGUGUAAUUGAAGAAUGGACAACAAGGAAUGAGGCCAUGCGUGUCAGGAUUGCUCGCACUGCCCUUUCUCUGUCAACUGCAGACACAAUGGUGCUUGAAGCUAUACAUGAGCUGAAGUUGCUGGCCAAGUUGAGGGUGAAGAACAGGGAGCUGAUGCACAAGAUCGGGGUCACCAAGUUCUUAGCACGGUUGUUGGAUAACCACAAUGGACAGAUUCAGUUUGAUGCUCUCAAGCUUCUGUGCUUGUUAGCUGAAGAUGAAGAAGGAAAGGAUAUCAUUGGAAAAACUAAGGCCAUUGCCAGGACAAUAAAACUACUGUCAAGUAAUUCUACUGAUGAAAGGCAUGCAGCCAUCUCUUUCUUGCUGGAGCUUUCGAAGUCACAGUUACUGUUGGAGAAUAUUGGAUCAACACCUGGAAGCAUUCUGAUCCUCACUACAAUGAAGAUCAACAGUUCAGAUGAUCCGAUUUCUGCCGAGAAAGCUGGAGCAGUCCUUAAGAACCUGGAGAAGUGUCCGAAGAACAUCAAGUACAUGGCUGAAAGUGGCUACUUAGAACCUCUUCAGAGUCAUCUAGUGGAAGGAUCGGAAGAGAUGCAGAUGGAGAUGGUCGGCUACCUCUGUGAGCUAGUCCAAGAGCAGGAGCUCACCAUUGACAUCAACAGAAGCACCUCGGAAAUCCUCAUCAAGAUGGCGCACGGCUGCAACCCCAUGGUCCGCAAGGCAGCGUUCAAUGUCCUUGCCCAGCUUUCUUUGCACCUCCCCAACAGCAAGAUGCUUGUCGACGCAGGUGCUGUCCCUGUCAUGAUCGAGGAACUGUUCAUCAGAAAGAUGGAUGAUGAGCCGGUGAACUCCAUGGCCACCGCUGCCACUGUUCUGGCAAACAUUGUUGAGUCAGGCAUUGAUCCGGAGACCACGGUGGUGAACAAGGAAGGCCAUGUCCUCACUUCGAAGUACUCCAUCUACAACUUUGUGCACAUGCUCAAGUGCUUCAUGCCGGACGACCUCAACCUCAGCAUCAUCCGCAUCCUGCUAGCGCUCACUGUGCUCACCAAGCCACUGGCCACGGUGGUCUCGGUCAUCCGGGAGAACCAUCGCGGCCAUUCUAUCAUCGAGCUCAUGAGCUCUCCAACGGAGGUGCUCAGCCUCGCUGCAACAAGGCUGCUCAUCACCCUGUCCCCACACAUUGGACACACCAUCGUAGAGAGGCUCUGCAAGACACAAGGACAGCCACGCAAGGUGGUCAAAACCAUCAGCCAUGCUGGGCGCAUCACCGAACGGCAAGCUGCAUUGGCGACACUCCUCGCGAAGCUACCUUACCGGAACACCUCACUCAACAUCGCGCUUGUGCAGGAUGGCGCCGUGCCAGCCAUACUGACAGCAAUAAAAGAGGUUCAGAAUGGUACUGCUAGAUCAAGCAGGCACGCGGUGCCAUACAUGGAGGGUCUCGUCGGCACGCUAGUGCGGCUCACUGCGACUCUGUACAGCCCAGAAGUGUUGAAGGCGGCCAUGGACCACAAUCUGGCCUCGGUGCUCACUGACCUGCUCGAUGGAGCAGCCGGGAGCGACGAGGUGCAACGUCUUGCUGCAGUGGGGCUCGAGAACCUCAGCUACCUCUCCAUCAAACUUUCCCAGCCACCGCCCGAUGAGCUGCAGUCGAAGAAGAACACCAUACUGAAGCUCCUGAAGGACUCAAAGGCGCACAACAACAACAAGAAGAGCUCACACCACCAGGUCAACGUUUGCCCGGUGCACCGUGGAAUGUGUUCCCCAGCAACGACAUUCUGCCUCCUCGAGGCCGGCGCCGUGGAGGGACUCCUGGGCUGCCUGGAGAAUGACAACAUUCGAGUGGUGGAGGCUGCGCUCGGAGCACUGUCCACUCUCCUCGACGAGAGGGUGGACGUCGUGAAGAGCGUAGUGGCCCUUGCCGAGCUCGAUGCUGCUCGGUGCGUGCUUGCUGCGCUGAGGCAGCACCGUCAAAACUUGCUGUGGCAGAAGUGCUUCUGCGUGGUGGAGAAGCUCCUGGAGCAUGGCGAUGACCGAUGCGUGAGGGAGGUGACAGGCGAUCGGAUGCUGCCCACGGCGCUGGUGAGCGCCUUCCACAGGGGGGACGAGAGCACUAAGCAGGCCGCCGAGAGCAUCCUCCGGCGACUACACAGGAUGCCUGAUUACUCUGCAACCUACGUAUCCAUGGAGUUCUAGUCGUUGGGAUCUAGUAAAUAGUAUCAAAGUUUGUGCAUACGCUGCUUGCUUGUUCGAACAGACUUACAGUUACAGUUACAGAAUCACGUGACCGGAAAAUACAAUGUUGGUUUGCUAGUUUCAUUUUUGUCCAGCAUUAUGAUUUCACAGCAUGAAUGUUUUAACAGGUGAAUGGAUAUUGUCAACGUGAAUGUUGCUUACCUUAAAAUGGUAGAGUUCUCACCCUUGUUUGUUGGUUUGGAUCAAUAUAUGGUUAUAGAUUGGUCUGUUGAA